AUGGCGACGGCGGAGGAAGGCGAGGGAGGAGAGCCACCAGGAUUAGGGAGGGGGAGGUGUCCAAGAUUCCGGCGAUCUGAGGCGACCCGCGGCAUGGCCGGAGGCGGCGGCGUUGGGGGGAAGGAGGAUGGCGGCACGGAGCCCCUACUCCUGUCCGUCCUCGCUCUCCCCGCAACGGCGCUCCCCGCCGUCGUCUCCCGCCUGGAGGCCGCCGUCCCGCGGAAGGCGCGCAGCUACCUCCCCCGCAACGUCCCGUCGGCCUGGUGGUCACUCAGGAUCCCCUUCAUCCAGCCGCUGCCGCCGGCUGGGGACCCGGCAAACGAAGAGGAGGGGAGAAGGUUCCCCCGCACCCAGCGCGUGCAGGUGGCUCCGUCUCUCGAUCCAGGCACGGCCGAUAAGCCGCCCAAGAGAUUGAAGAGGUGCCUGCACUGCAAGGCGGUGGAGACGCCGCAGCGGAGGUCAGGGCCGAUGGGGCGGGGUACCCUCUGCAACGCCUGCGGAGUCUGGUACAAGCCCGAUCUGGGAGCCCGAGGUGCCUGGGGCCAUCUACCUGGUCAGAAAGUCGGCCACGGAGAGGAUGCCUCCCAGGACAGAAGCUGCGCCAGCGCCACGGCCGGGGACGAGCUGCUUGCACUGCGGGUCCUCGGAUCCACCUUUGUGGAUAGAAGGAUUGAUGGGGCGGAGGGAGGUCUGCACCGCCUGCGGCAUGCGGGAAGGCUACUGCCGGAGUACCGGCCCGUGGCGAGCCCUACAUUUGUGCCAACAAAGCAUGCCAAUACCCACCGCAAGGUGCUCCAGUUGCAUCGAACCAGGCAAAGCAACGACGAGCAUCCAUCACCGUUGCCUGCCGACAGCGUCACCAACCUGCCCCCAAUCCGCAACGAGCUCCCGACCACCAGCACGGCAGGUCUCGCCAGUGAGGACCCGACCGAUGCACCGGGCUACACCGACAACCCAAUCAAUGUGCCGAGCUCACUGGACUCGCUGCUGCUCGACGGGCCGUCGGCGCCGCUCAUCUGCUCAAGUGGCGACUACCUGGAGUUUGUGAAGAUGAUGGAUGUGUGCUCCCUGUUCAACACCGUGGACGAGAUGAUCAAGGAGGAGAUCGUUGCGGUGACGCCGCCCACAAUUGUUCUCGAGGAUGACGACGAGGAGGAGAUGGUGGAUGUUGGCAAUGCCGAAGCGGUCGAGAUGGUGGCUUGGGUUACUGAGCCUAGCUGCUCUACAAUGCCGUUGGAGGUCAAUGACUACCAGCGUCAAAGCUACUGUCGCUCGAGGCGCCUCCAGGCCCGUCGCGCAUAG